AAUCUUAAAAGGCAAUCUUGAACAAUCUAAAAGGCAAGACCCCAAACAGUGACAACACCUUCCAGCUCAAGUAUGCCCUCAACCCUCAGGAUGAACUCGCCUGGAGCGACGUCACACCAAGGUGCAAGAAGAAGAGGAGCGCAUUUUUCCUCCCUUCAUCAUCCAAAGAAAACAUACUGACGAGCACCGUGGUACACACACCUUCUUCUCUUUCUGCCGCUUUUGAGUCAUUUCAAAGCGCCAAGAAACGCCAAAGAAGACCCAACAGAACCAAAAGUGCAUUUAGUCCGCUUCAUCCUCAUUCAAUUUUGUUUGGAAAACUUUUUUUUUUUUUUGGACUUUAGUUUCCUCUCUCCAGCCACCAUAUCAGAAGCUCCGAGGACAUCACUGUCUUUUAUGUCAACGGGUGCUGAGUGACAGAAGCGAAGCACAAUGAAGAGGUCAACCACACCUUUGGACCUCUCCUCAGUCACCUCUUGACCAUCUUUGCCGCGCAUUAAGAUGCGCCCGACGGGAGAGGAGUUGGAUGAUGAACUUUUCAGUCUCUCGCUUGACUGACUGACACUGUCCUGUAAACUUUUGCAGAGUCAUAAAACGAAGCAGAAGACGGUUUACGUUGUUUGAGGAAUCAUCAACUACGCGUUUUUUUUUAAAUAUCGACUGGAAGAUUUGCAGUGUUCGAACAUGAUGGUUCGUCUGUCUCGGAUCCAACUGGCGCUCUUCUUUAUCUUGCUCUGCCCCGUCAAUAUUAUCGGACUGUGGUGGGCGGUGGGCAGUCCGCUGGUAAUGGACCCUAACAGCAUAUGCAGGAAGGCAAAGCGUCUGGUGGGGAAGCAGGCUGAACUCUGUCAGACUCAGCCGGAAAUAGUCAGUGAGGUGGCCAAAGGAGCAAGGUUGGGCAUUAGAGAAUGCCAAUACCAAUUCAGGUACCGCCAAUGGAACUGCACAAGCCACAACAAGUACUUUGGCAAAAUACUGCAACAAGAUAUCCGAGAAACAGCGUUUGUUUAUGCCAUCACAGCUGCCGGUGUGACCCACGCAGUGACACAGGCCUGCAGUAUGGGAGAUCUGCUGCUGUGUGGUUGUGAGGCGACCAGGAACAGAGCUCCUCCAAAACCUCUGUCGUCUUCCACUGGAGAUGGAGUCAAGUGGGAGUGGGGCGGCUGUGGAGAUGAUGUGGAAUUUGGUUAUGAAAAAUCCAAACAGUUUAUGGAUGCCAAAAGGAGGAGGGGCAAGAGUGAUAUCAGAACACUCAUUGACCUGCACAACAAUGAGGCUGGGCGACUGGCAGUGAAGCUCUACAUGCGGACAGAGUGCAAAUGCCACGGACUGUCCGGAUCAUGCACAUUACGCACUUGCUGGAAGAAGAUGCCACACUUCCGUGAGGUAGGCAACCGCCUUCUGGAGCGAUUUAAUGGAGCCUCCAAAGUGAUGGGCGGCAACGAUGGCAAGACUUUGAUGCCUGUUGGACAGAACAUCAAGCCCCCCGACAAACAGGAUCUGAUCUACUCGGAUGAGUCACCUGAUUUCUGUGUGGCCAAUCGGAAAACAGGUUCACUGGGGACACGUGGACGCAUGUGCAACAGCACCGCCAUGGACAUCAGCGGCUGUGAUUUGCUCUGCUGUCAGCGUGGCUACCGGGAAGAAACUGUAGUGUUUGAGGAGAACUGUCUGUGUCGCUUCCACUGGUGCUGUGUAGUCCAGUGCAAGAAGUGCCUCGUCCGGAAGGAGCUUAGUCUCUGUCACUGAUGAAUUGACUUGCCUGACCCUAAGUUGUUGUAAUUACUUCUUUUCAGAUAUCAAGCCUUUUGCCUUGGUUUGGCAGUUGUAAAGGAAGAUAGUGACAAUACUGCUUUAAUAUCCUUUCUCACCUGUCCUGCUUACAAAUUGAUUCCCUUGAUUUCUGACAAAACCUGUCUUGAAACACUUCAGGUGUUUGACAGACAGAAGUAAAACGUAGACGUGCCUCUUUUCCAAACUACCUAUUUUUGCUUAUCUUUUUUAAAUCAAAAACAACCAAAGAAUGUGAAUUUGUGUAAGUAUAGUAACAUUUUAUCGGGAGUCGGUCAACAGCAGCACUUGAAGUGAACUGCUUUCUGAAUUUAAUAAUUGGCUUUUAAGUGCUGACUACUGUCGCACUCGCACCUGAAGGGUCUUACAGUUAUAUGAUAUCUACAUUCUAUCUACGUAUAUCAUAUCUACAUUCUGUACCUGGGCUGGAUUUACACUACAUGGUUCAAAUGACAUAAUUCAAAUCUUGAAAUCUGAAAUGUAGAAUUCCCAGAGGAAGGAUUCUGACAAUGUGACUGCUGUGUAUGUGUACAGAUCAGAUAUACGGGUCUAAAAAGCACCAAAAUAUAACCAACUCAAACCCAGCAAGCUCAAAUCCAAACAGCAGUGAAUGCGCAUAAACCAUCAUUAUUAAUACCUAGGUUACCUGCCUUUAAAAUAUAUUGUAAGUUGUUCCAGGCAAAGCUAUAGGUAUGGUUUAAUAAAAAGUGAAUUCACCUUGCCACUUUAAAUUCUUUACAAGCUUGUAAUCGUUAAUUUGAGUUUUGGGUGUGUGGACAUCAGUGACGUGCGGUGAGGUUCAUGGCUAGCAAGGCACUGAAUCCUUUAGAUUUUGUUUUUAUGAUCGUAUAGAUUGCUCAGAAGAGAAUAAUUCACAUUUGUUAACAUAUUUAUAUUUUUAAAUACUUCCUAGUCCCAUUAGAAAAAACAUUUGUGGUCUUACCUUUCGUUUGUAUGUGAAGGAGAUGCACCCUCUCCAGUAAAUACUUUGUUGUAAAAGUCUGAUCACUUCCUGUUGAGAUGGGAUAUUCAUUAUAAUUCCCCAUCUUGGCAGUCAAAUGGAUUGAUUCAUUCAGCAUAUCUUUAAUGGUUUUGACCUGUUGCUAAAUCUAGGAAUAAUGAUGUCCCACUUACAUUAAAGGUUUGACCCAAGCUUUAACGCAUUUGAAAUUAUAUGCUGAUGGACAGAUAUCAUAAUCCAAGUUGGUGCACUCAAGAGUCACACGGUAGGCUAAGCUCUCGCACUUAAGUCAAGCAUUUAUAGCUCAGUCCAAUGCAGAAAUAUUACUAUUUUAAAUGUUUUUGCAUGUUUUCAUCCACACUUGACCCCACAACCGUGUGGACAAGCAGGCUAUGUCAUUGCAAUCACAGUAUGAAAUUUGUGUCAAAAUCCGAUAAAUUUACUUAAUUGGAAAUAAGCAUUUGAUACCUGCAGUGUUAUCCAACCUCGGUGAGGCUUUGGUGGAUUUGGCCACAUUGCCAUCAAGUGAUAGAAUUUGGUUCAGUUAACAGGAAAAUCUUAAUCCAUAACAAUCAACACUCUGUUUUACUGCUGUGCUUGAUAUUCCAGUGACUGGACUAAGGUGUGCAAAAAUGUGGCAGUAUUGAUUAUCUUGGUAUUUUGACAUUGGAAAUACAGAAAACUGUGUACUGUACCAGAGUAAACUAAACUGUACUGCCUGGGGAAAACAGGACCUUGUGGCUCUCCUUUUGAUUGGGCUGCUAAUUGCCACUAUUUCUAGAAAACUGUUCAUCAUUGCUGUACUCAAUUACUAUUAAUCUUUAAGGAUUUUACAGAAUGAAAGGGGAACUGACAUUGUCUCUUUCUAAGAACGCUGUCAACACCGCCGGUGCAGCUGCGGACUUGACCUGCCAGCAGUGACUGUUGUUAUAAAGAUAUGAUGACAAGACUACUCACUUCCAUCUCUCUCAGAAGCACUUUGGAUAUUGCUGCAUUGGAUUUGAGAGUUUUGCAACCCUAUCUUUCGGGUUGGGCGGUUAUUGUUUAGUAUAAGAAAAAAUAUAUAUAAUGAUGUUUUUAUGAUACACAGGGCUAAUAUUAUGAUGCACUUUUGGUGAUUAGUUUUUUUUAAUACUUAUACAAAUAUAAGUAUGUAAAUAGUAUAUGUGUGUCUGUGCAUAUAUAUAUAUAUAUAUAUAUAUAUAUAUAUAUAUAUAUAUAUAUAUAUAUAUGAAUAUGAAUUUUACAGUUAAAAUCAUCUCUGUAGUCCCUGAACCAUUUGGUGAGAAUAACAGUAUGUGUGAGCCAGUGACAUGUGGGGUGGUUCAUGACUGGUGGGGCACUGAUUCCAUUGAAGAUUUUUAUGGUUGAAAAAAAAUCACUUUCUCAAAUACUUUUGUAGAUUUUUUGUUAAUAACCAAAAAACAUUUAUGGUCUGUCCUUUUAUCUGCAUAUGAAAUACAUGCACGCUACCCUUCUCCUAGAAAACUUCUGAUACUUUGUUGUAAAAGUUUGAUCACCAUCUGGUGACCGUGGAUACAUUAUUCUCAAAUUUGUCAAUUCAAGUCAAAUUUGUUAAUUCAUUCCACAGGGCAUAAAAAUAUCUUGUGGACCUAUUAUACUCAUUCUUCGACCCUUUUUAUUGAGUUGUGGACUCCUAUAGAGCAGCUACACACAAUAACCCCUACAGAAAACCUUUUAGAUUUUGCAGAAUCUGCACCUGUUUAAGCUGUAUUUCCUUGGAUUUGUGUUUCCGCCAAAACCAUCUGUUUUCAUUUACUCCACCCACUCUGCUGUGAUUGGUCACAUGCCCAAAGUGCUUUCUAUACUACGAACGAAUAGAGCUCAAGAGAAGCAGGAUAUACUUUGUCAGAGGCACCGUUGGUGUGGUGGAGCUCAGAAGCUAGAUGUGAGGGUGCCGCAUGGAUGCACAGAGUGUCCGAAAUGAAUGCACUUUUUCCUGGCAAGAACGCGCUGCUUCUGACUCCAGCAACACUUUGGCGGAUAUGUCCCGUGUGAAAUGCCGUUGACAGAUGAAAAUUGUUUUCUCUUGCUGGGAAUCACCAAAUACAAUAACUUCUGCCUGAGCUUGGGGGAGGACAGGGGGGAAGCAGAGCCAUAUCAAAAUAUAAGGAAGUCCAUCCCUCUGUGACAUCACAAAGAGGCCGUUUUACCACACAUUUUGAAACCGAGCGUUUUGAGCCAUCCCAAACUUCUUUCAAGGCUCACUUCCAAGUGCGAAAACCUCAUUAUCUGAAACUUUGGCAUCAUUUAACACGAGAAUACAACAUUCUAACUACAUUUAUAGGCCAGAAAAGUGGAAAAAGCAAAAUGGGUCCCCUUUAAUUUUAAUGCAUCUGACACUCUGCUCAGUAGAGCUGCUGCUGUGAAAAUAAUUCAUGUUUGCAUUUUAAAUUUGUUUUUAUAAAUUUUCAUCAUGACAGGUGAGAGUCUGCCUUACCUGUCUGCCUUGACCGCACGUCACUGGUGUGAGCAUGUGUGCAAAGGCAGGUUGAGUAGUUGUUACCAUUAGCUAAAGACGACACUAACAAUAUGAAACCUUUUCUCUGUGUUGAUGAAAGCACAUUACUUCUCAAUUAUCAUGUGUCAAUUAGACAUGAUCAUCAUACGUUCAUUUUCAGGUAGGAGUCUGCUCAGAUUCCAGUGUGUCAGAAUUUGCCUUUCCUGUAAAUCGAUCUUAUUUACUUCACUAGAAACACUUUGACGUAAUCCCCGAUUAUUGCUGACAGGUAUUCACAGUAUUCAUCCCUCUGAAAGCUUUAGGGUGGUAAUAAAAUGGAAUCCCAUCAAUUUGUUAGGAAAUAAUAUAUGGAACAUCCAUUUUUUACAACCGUACUUGUAUACAUAUUUAUUUGUAUUAAGGCUGCAUCCUGAGUUUUUAUAUGGAUACUUCCCCAAAAUUUCAUUUUUAAGAAAUAAAAUUUGCAGUUAUGUGAGCCUUCAGUCAUUUCAGUCACAAAGCAGUCACAGCACUGCCCAACAAAAGAUAAGCAGCAGUUAUUUUGACGUGUUUGUGUGUGGUCACUGUGUGCAAUAAUAAUACGAAACUUAAUAUAAGCCAACUUUAUCUAAUAAUGAUCACUAAGGAAAAGUUUAUAGACACUGUUCAUCAAGUUAAAAGACAUGCUGGAACCUUCACCACGUAUUAUACUGACUGUAUGUGUAUAUUUUAACCUGAAUGUAUUACUCUGACCUGUAUAUGUUCAUUCAAAAUUGCUCACCGGAUUCAAAGAUGAAGUUUGUAUAAUCAUUCCAUCCUGAAAAAUGAACCAUUCAAAUAAAUCAUUAAGGGCCCAAAAGGAAUACAAGUCAAGCCCAUGAUGAGCGUAUAAACUCCUGACUGGAUACUGGAUAACAGUCAGUAUGAUAUGAACCUAUUUGAUACAUUUGUUGAUCUUUCUGUACUCCCAAUGUACCUAUCUAUCUCCAGGGGCAGACAUGGACAACGUGGAAGAACCCCAGCAGAGAAGACUGGAAAUGUUUGUUAG